UUUGGAAAAGCUGAACCCUAAACCACCUACGCCCAGAGGGCUGGUGGGAUUUUUCGUGCGAUGCCCGCCUCGCUUUGGAACGCGGCAUGGAGAUCCAAGCAGGUGCCAGUGGAGAUGAAGCUGAGCAAGAUGAGGACGAGCGCUUCUACACCGAGCAUCGGGACGAGCUCCUCUCGGCCCUCAGAGGCGGAUGCGGCUUCAGCGGUGGCGAGAUGUUCAACCGCCUGGAGCAGCGUGGCGAUGGAGGCGUGGGCAUCGCCAACCAGGGGGCCACGUGCUACAUGAACUCGCUUCUUCAGGUGCUGUUCCACACCCCAGACUUCCGCUCCGCCAUUUACAGCUUCAGCCACGACGCCGCGAGGCACGGCGACGAGGCCCGCUGCAUCCCGCUGCAGCUUCAGCGCCUGUUCGCCCGGAUGCAGCUUUCGCGGGCAAGGGCCGUUUCCACCACUGGUCUCACCGACGCCUGCGGCAUGUCUGGCCACACCAACGAGCAGCACGACGUCCAGGAGCUGUGCCGUGUGCUGUUUGACGCCCUCGGCAGGUCUUCGGUGCCGCUCAGGAAGGACAUCGAGAGGCUUUACGAAGGGCGGUUGGUGCAAUACGUUCGCACGCGAGAGCCUCACGAUGGGAGGACGUACGAGAGCUCCCGGAAGGAGUCGGUUCUAGACCUGCAGGUGCCAAUCGUGGGCUGCAGAACUCUGGAGGAGGCGCUCCGCAAGCUUGUGGAGCCAGAGGAGCUGACGGGCGACAAUCAGUGGCAGUGUGACGAGCUUGGGACAAAGGUCGACGCGCUGAAGGGUCUCGAGUUUGAGUCUCUGCCGCAGAUUCUGCACCUGCAACUGAUGCGCUUCAUCUUCGACUUCCAAUCCAUGAGAAGGAAAAAGCUCACCGACAAUCUGUCUAUUUGAAGCGCUUCGCAUGCCCCGCCCGCCCGCUCUGAUUCUUGUCAGAAGAGCCGAAUACGUGUCCAAAAC